GACAUGGACAAGUCCUGCUGUCUAACUGGCUGGUAAAUUUAACAGGAGAAAUAAAGAAAUACACUAUACAAAGAUUCCUGGAGCCUCAUUAACACCAAACAAAUAUAAAUACAAGAUAUUUCAACAAUUAAACCAAAUGAAUCAAGAAAGCUUGAGGAAAAGAAAAGGAGAGGACAGCGGAAAAGAGGAUGGACAAUCCAUUCAGAGUCAUGAACCCCAAGCGAUGAACCUACAAAAGCAGGUGGGCCUCAUCAGUGGAAUAUGUAUGAUUGUUGGUACGAUUAUUGGCUCAGGUAUCUUUGUUUCUCCAAAAUCAGUACUUGCCAAUGUUGGAGCUGUGGGUCCUUGUUUAACUAUCUGGGCAGCCUGUGGAGUUCUUGCAACAUUAGGGGCACUUUGUUUUGCUGAGCUUGGUACAAUGAUCACAAAAUCCGGGGGAGAAUAUCCUUACCUUAUGGAAGCGUUUGGCCCAAUUCCAGCAUUCUUGUUUUCUUGGACAAGCUUACUCGUCACAAAACCCAGUUCAUUUGCCAUCAUUUGUCUCAGCUUUGCAGAAUAUGCAUCAGCUCCUUUUUAUCCAGGUUGUGAUCCACCCCAAGUUGUCAUCAAGUGUCUUGCUGCAGCUGCCAUUGUGAUAAUUACAACAGUGAAUUCCCUGAGUGUGAAGUUAGGAAGCUAUCUCCAGAAUUUUCUCACAGCUGCUAAAAUGAUCAUUGUCACAAUCAUUAUCGUAAGUGGAAUUGUUCUCCUUGCACAAGGAAAAACGGAAAACUUUAAAGAUUCUUUCAAGGACAGUAAAAUUUCUGUUAGUUCUAUUGGUCUGGCAUUUUAUAAUGGACUCUGGGCAUACGAUGGAUGGAAUCAACUCAAUUAUAUCACAGAAGAACUUAAAAAUCCUUACAGAAAUCUACCGCUAUCUAUAAUUAUUGGAAUCCCCUUGGUUACAGUUUGUUACGUUCUGAUAAACAUUUCAUAUUUCACCGUAAUGACUUCAACAGAACUCCUGCAGUCCCAGGCAGUUGCUGUGACAUUCGGAGAUAGAGUCCUUUAUCCAGCCUCUUGGAUAGUUCCUCUCUUUGUGGCCUUUUCUACAAUUGGAUCUGCCAAUGGGACCUGUUUUACUGCAGGCAGACUUGUUUAUGUUGCAGGUCGUGAAGGGCACAUGCUAAAGGUGCUAUCCUACAUUAGUGUUAAGCGUUUAACACCAGCACCUGCUAUCAUAUUUUAUGGGGCCAUCGCUAUUAUUUAUAUUAUCCCUGGUGACAUUGACACACUCAUAAAUUAUUUCAGUUUUGCAGUCUGGAUAUUUUAUGGUUUAACUGUAUUUGCACUCAUUGUUAUGAGGUUUACAAGAAAGGAACUCAGGAGACCAAUCAGGAUACCCAUCAUCAUUCCAGGCAUAGUGACAUUAGUAUCCAUUUUACUCGUAUUGGCACCAAUCAUCAGUGCACCUGAAUUGGCCUAUUUGUACUGUGUUUUAUUUAUACUUAGUGGACUUAUAGUUUAUGUACUUUUUGUUCAUUUUAAAUUCAACUGGCCCCAGAAAAUAUCAAAGCCCAUCACUAUGCACCUUCAGAUGCUUUUGGAAGUUGUUCCAUCAGAGGAAGUCACUGAAUAAAAGAUUUUAUAGGUACCAGUUUGGUUUUAAGUGCUGUACUGGUUGAAGGAGAUUCAAUUUAGUUUGGCACACAUUUACACUUUCUAAAUUGUUAUGCUCCUAUUGGUGUAUUAUUUUUGCAACACUUUAGUACUUGAAAAAUGUUAAAUAUAAAAGACUUCUGAG